GCACCCCAGUCGCACGUUCCAAGUCCAAACAUCCACUUACUCCGGUGUGACGCCACUUUUUCGUCGAUGGUGUGGAGGAAAAAUCGAAUUGAAAGAGAAGAAACCUAGUUCGGUCGUGGAAACCAGCGGUGUGAAAGGGUUCUUGAUUAAUUUCGCAAGCAUGGAAGAGGGUAGGCGGCAGUGGAUCGGAAGGCAAGAGAGGAAAUGCACUUAUUGGCCAGCGUCUGCGUACACAUAUUGAUCUGUGGCGGUGGCUGUGGAGUGUCUACGGGUGUCUACGGGUGGGACAUCUGAAACUUGUCCAAAAAUGUAUUUUUGUUUGCGGCUCGCGCGUUUUCUCCUCAUCUCUGCUGUUUUCUGCGUUGGUCUCUGCUCCGAAGAUGAGGAGAGAUUGGUGCGAGAUCUGUUCAGAGGGUACAACAAACUCAUCAGACCCGUGCAAAACAUGACGGAGAAGGUGCACGUGAAUUUCGGCCUUGCUUUCGUGCAACUGAUCAACGUGAACGAGAAGAACCAAAUUAUGAAAUCGAACGUAUGGUUGAGAUUUAUUUGGACGGAUUAUCAAUUACAAUGGGACGAAGCAGACUACGGUGGAAUUGGAGUUCUCAGGUUACCACCUGACAAAGUAUGGAAACCGGAUAUUGUACUGUUUAAUAACGCUGAUGGCAAUUACGAGGUGCGCUACAAAAGCAACGUUCUGAUCUAUCCAAAUGGUGACGUUCUCUGGGUUCCACCAGCGAUCUACCAGAGUUCCUGCACUAUCGAUGUAACUUAUUUUCCUUUCGAUCAGCAAACAUGCAUCAUGAAAUUUGGAUCGUGGACUUUCAACGGCGACCAAGUCUCUCUAGCCUUGUACAACAAUAAAAAUUUCGUCGACUUGUCCGACUACUGGAAGAGCGGUACCUGGGAUAUCAUCAACGUUCCAGCUUACCUAAACACUUACAAGGGCGAUUUUCCAACGGAGACAGACAUCACUUUCUAUAUCAUCAUCAGACGCAAAACUUUAUUUUACACGGUGAACUUGAUUCUUCCAACGGUUCUUAUCUCUUUUCUCUGCGUGCUGGUAUUCUACCUUCCAGCAGAGGCUGGCGAGAAAGUGACGCUAGGGAUCAGUAUUUUACUCUCGUUGGUCGUUUUUCUAUUAUUAGUCAGCAAGAUUCUGCCUCCGACGUCUCUGGUGCUUCCACUGAUCGCUAAGUAUCUUUUGUUUACCUUUAUCAUGAACACGGUCAGUAUUCUCGUCACCGUGAUCAUCAUCAACUGGAACUUCCGUGGACCGCGAACGCACAGAAUGCCACAGCUAAUCAGAAAAAUAUUCUUAAAGUAUUUGCCAACGAUAUUAAUAAUGAGGAGACCGAAGAAAACUCGUCUAAGGUGGAUGAUGGAGAUUCCGAACGUGACGUUACCAACUUCUACCUAUUCAGGAAGCCCGACAGAGUUGCCGAAACAUUUGCCAGCCUCGUUGACCAAAUCGAAAAUGGAAGUGAUGGAACUAUCCGAUCUUCAUCAUCCGAACUGUAAGAUCAAUAGGAAGGUUCACCAUACGACUAGCAGUUCUAGUGCCGCUGGUGGUGAGGGUUUGGCAGAUAGAAGAGGAUCCGAAAGUUCAGACUCUGUGUUGCUCAGUCCGGAAGCCAGCAAGGCAACGGAGGCUGUCGAAUUUAUCGCUGAACAUUUAAGGAACGAAGAUUUGUACAUACAGACGCGAGAAGAUUGGAAGUACGUGGCGAUGGUAAUCGAUCGACUGCAGCUUUACAUUUUCUUCGUUGUGACGACUGCGGGUACCAUUGGGAUUUUGAUGGACGCACCUCACAUUUUUGAGUACGUGGAUCAGGAUCGUAUCAUAGAGAUCUAUCGUGGAAAGUAAUUUCACGAAAUCUAGUCGAUUAAAGAAGGAAUGGCGUGCCAUUAUCGCAAUAAUUUUCAUUUUACUUCCUUCUUUCGUCAUGUUCGAUUCUCUCUUUUGUAUACUUUACGAGUAUCGUAGAUCGAAUCGAGAUCGAAACGGAAAAGAUUAAUCUCGAAGCGUGGGCGAAGAAUAGAUAUAGGAAAUUUUAAAAACGUUGCUUGGAUCGUUUUCACGUAGCAACAUAAAAGUUGCUGAUAAAGUUAUUUCCUCGUUUGCCAAAGUAUAAUAUCGUUGAUUUCUAUUUAUUUUAUAGAAGAACAAAGGUACUUCAUGAAAAGAUCACGAAUCGAUGUUAAUAUUAUGAAAGUGGAAACAGGAACGACGCUCUCAUGGAUCUUUUAUAACGAUCAAUCCUUUCUUCAUUUUAUACCGAGGAACGACUAUCGAGUUUUCAAAUAUUACACUCGUGAAACUAUCAAGAAACGAAGCUCAACUGCACUCGUCAUACAACUAUAUACAUAUAUUUCAUUCAUAAUACAUCAUAUACCAGAUUUUGUUUCAAUUUGUUUACUCCACGCGUUGAAUUCUGAUUUUCUUCAAGUCUUACAUUAUUCGUCUUGAAAUUUAUAUUUUGUACGACACACGUUAGUUCGAAACAUUUCGUUCAUUCCUCAUAUUAAUCAUUAUUGCAUUCACAAUUAUAAUUGUCUUCCUUGAAAAUCUUGGUCAUGAGUAUGCUGAAACGAGUGCGGAAUAAAUGUAAAUUGCGAAUCUAAUAUUAAAAUUAAUAUCCCAUUGACCGUGCAUCCUAGAUGAGUAAUUGGUUAGUCGGGAUUAAGAAUAAGCAUAGAGCGUAGAUAUCAAAUAAUUUUGAUAUUAAUCGUGCAAAUUACCUUUGCCAUUAUUAUAAUCUAACAGGACUCGUGUUUGAUGAUUCAUCGCGACGCAGAACAUCGAAGGGCCGUGACAACGUUUACCAAUCGACAAAUACAUUUGAUUUUUCUACUUUAUAUUUGGGAAAAAAGUCGUUUGCUGUAUUCUCAUCUAAUUCGUAUUAAUUAUUAGUCCAAAUUUUAUUUGAAUAUCGCUGAAAUUCACAAACAGAAUUUUGCAAUUAGUCCGUUAGUUAAUUAAAUAAUACAUAAUUAUACAUAACUUUCACAUUGAUACACGCUCCGGUUCUUUGCAAAUUUUUCAAUGGAAUCACAAAAUUGUAUUCUUCGAUAGAGAUUUCAACAGUUCGUAAAAAGAAAGAGAAAAAAAGAAGAACAACGACAAGGAAGGAGAAAUUGGCUGGUCAGAUUCGCUGACGUCACCGCGGAAGCGCACAUUAAAAGCACAAUGUCUCGGCCUUGCGUAUUUAAUCGUUAUUAAAAAGGGAAGAAAAGUAAGAAAUUAUAUCGUACGUCAUAUACAAAGAUAUGAUACCCACGCUACAUGUAUAUUGUACAGAAAACUGUUAAAACGGUCAUGUUUUCUCUAAUAGAAAGUUUGUCUCAUACACAAAGAGUGUUUAUGGUUGUCGAUUUAACGAUCGUUGAUUUUCUCAUAUGUAUCGCCUACAGUUGUGCCUCGCGAAUCAUCCCAAUUGUUAUAUAUGAUGUUACUGUAUAUAAUACGUAUACGAUUUUCGAUUUUUAUUUCACUAAUCUCCAUUAUUCAGCGUAACGAAACACGCAUUUCAGUCUUAUUAAGCCAUGCACGAUCAAAGCCGAUUUCUUUCCAAAUCGAAGUUAUCAUUUACAUCGAUCGAUCGAUGGAAAAACACUUCAAGGUAAUUGCAUGUCCUUUUGAUAAUUUUAUACGUAACGGUGAAAGGAGAAAGGCGUAUAUCUGUUUCCAACCUCCUUUCACGAGGAUUGAAUGACCUGGACUUUUAUAAAAUUUUAAUAUCUACAGCGAGGGUAUACUCUGUGUGAAGGAAGGACGAUCGAUGGCAAAGGAUUUUGAGGUUCAGGUCAAGCGUGAAAAGAAUAUUGCCCGCGUUUUAACAAAAUUCAUUGUUGAAGGUUUGUGAUUCGUUGUCCUCGAUGCUUGUAUGGAAAUCUGAUGUGUAUGAGUACCUAUUCCCGAUUAGAGUAACGAGUUAAUAGGGUGACACGUGUCUUCCUUGAACGAGAUACAAUAACUAGAAUUUAGUCCCCCCAAGAAUGAAGUAAUUAGAUGAUGCUUAUUGAUUUCUAUACAUUUUACUUCCAUAUAUUUUAUAGCGUUGUUCACUCGAGAAUGCGAAGGGUGAUUGUGUAAUGAGAAUCACAAUGAGACGAUUUUAAUGAAGAUUUUACGAACCACGUGAAAUUGAAGAUGCCAGUUUUAAAUAGUCAUCGGGUUAUGGAUGAUUGUAUUUGAUAAUUCUUGUAUUUUGCUUGUGAAUAACUUCUUACCUAUUACAAUUGCAAAUCAAAGUUUAAAUAAGAAUCGAAUUUAGAAAACUUUACAACUGGCACCUUCGAUUAACCCUAGAAUAUUAAUGCAACUGAUUUUUGCGUCUUUUUUUCAUAGCUUUUCAUUUUACAACAUUUUCCAGGUUAUAACCACUCGAUGAUAAUCCAUUAAGUUUUGAUAAUUUAGCGACUAUUGUGGAUAUACACGUAUAUAAUUAUUACAAGUAAAAAUAAAUGCGAUCAAUAAAAGAAGAAGGAAUGUAUCUAGUGAUGUCGGAUAUUCUGGGGUUAAUGUCAUUUUAUGCAUGUAGGAAUAUUUUAAAAUUUAUUGCGCUAACAUAAUGUUAUUGUUUGUACGUUUGUAUCUUGGAUUUAAUGUUUUUAAACUUUUUUAUCUUGCGAUACUAUUGAAAUACGUAACUUUUGUUAAUGUAUAUUAAUAUAGCGAAUUCUCGUUAGAUCAAGACGAUUUUAAUCGAAAUAAAUAUUCGUUUAAUAAAUCGAAAUUAAACGAAGAGAAUUUUCUUAAUGACAGAUAACACCAUAAAAAAACUAUAAGUUGUGGAUUCUCUCAUUGGUUCUCACGUGCAGCAAUUCGAAACUUGUUUCACCUGAACUGUACAUCUAGUUAUCGUUAAAAUUGAAUAAGUCGAAUUAUUUUAUCAGCGUUACAACAAUCAAAUGAACGUAUUGGAAUUUAUCGCACAAAAAGAAACGUAAUUAGAGCUAAUUAAUAAACACCUGAACAAAUUUUUCAUUCAUUUCCUUCCAUUUCAAAUACACGCAAACUUGACAAAUGUUGCAUCAUUAAUUUCAAACAUAACUGAUAUUUCUGUCAUUCGAUAUUUAACCGAUGUCAACUGAUAUUUGAACGAAAUUUGUUUCUCCUUUUUAGGUAAUAUGUAUCUUAAAUUAUCAUAAAAUCACAGAAGCACUAUCUCGAAUUAAGGAAUAAAUUAAUUAAACGUUAUUAACGACUUUUAGAUUCUAAAACGUUCUUAUGGAAUUUUUAGAUUGUAAUAUUAAACAUUGCCAAACCGCUUGAGAAACACGAACGUUGAAAGAAUUUCAAAAAUUUCAAAAAAAAAAAAAAAAAAGAAAAUGAUCGCGGGUUAACGUACAAUCAUCGUAAAAGUAGCAAAGAGAAUCUUUAUGAAAUAGUUUUCGAUACAAGGAGUUUGAAGAUGAGCGUCCGAAGAUGGGAAAUCGUUAAAGUUUAAGUGACGAAACACAGUUAUAUCUCUUGUCUACUAGAGAAGAAGAUGAUCGUACUAGCGAAUGUACAUUAGUCUAUCUUUAUGUAUUACGUAUAAAUAUAUAAAGAAAAAGGUAAGAAUACGAAACGCAUUGUUGAGCCGAAAAGUUUUGUACUUUAUUAUGCAUGAGAAACACUGCGAGUAUGUUGAUUCGAAACAUUGGGUUUUCAUUACUAGACAUAAUAUUGAGAUAGAUUCAUAGGUAGUUCUUUUUACAAUGAAAUAAAAAUUAUUAAAUGAAUCGAGAAUACCUUCUUUCUGAAUCAAAAUGCGUUGCACCUAAUAAUGAUGUAAAUAAGAAUGAUCGAUGGAGAAUGUAAGAAGGAAGUAAAUGAAAGACGUCUAUAUUCAUUUCAUUUAUUUCAACAAUUUCAUAAUAACGUAAUAAUGUUAAUAAUAUUACAAUGCGGCGAUUAUGUGUUCACCAGUUAACAGGGAUUUUCAUAUCGAUCAACGUUUCUGCCUCGAAAAAGAGCCCAGCGUAGAAAUAUAACAAAUUUUUUUAUUAUUAGUAGUAUUAGUACUAUUGUUAUUAUUAUUCUUACUCUUAUUAUUAUUAGUAUUAAUAUCAUUCAUUAUUAUUAUUAUUAUUAAUAUUAUUAUUAUCUUACUUAACGUUCUUCAAUGUGAAUUUACUAUUAUCAGGCCAGGCUGUUGUCGAGGCAUAAUUAAAAGUCAAGUGAGAUCGAGGGUGAGUUAGUUCAAUUGCAUCAUCCCACCAGGGUCUACGGAAAAGGGAGUAUCGUUUUCAUCUUUUCUCUCUCUCUUUCUCUCUCUCUCUCUUUCUCCUUUUUUGAAUAUUUUGUUUUCUUUUUUCCUCCUAUAUAAUAUAUUUGCACGGGUAACGCAAAUUUUAUUUCUCAUUUAUUUCUUGUUUACUCUCUCUCUCUCUCUCUCUCUCUCUCUCUCUCUCUCUCUCUCCCCCUCUUUCUCACCCUUUCAUAUUCUCUCAUUCUCUCUCUCUCUCAUACAUUCUCUGUUUUUUUUCUACUUCUCUUUCUCUCUCCCUUUCUCACCAACUUUCUCACUCGCUCACGCAUUCACAGGCUCGAAAUAUUAUUUCUGUGUUAUCCUUCGUUAGACUCGCACGAACUUUUUUCUUUUUUUUUCUAUUAACCUCGUAACGACUUCGACGACUGGUGUAACGGUGGACAAUAAAGAGACGAUCCUUCGUUAAAAUAUAUUAUCAGGGAAGAAAAGGGCGUAGGUAGAGAAGAAAUAGAUCUCGUGCAUUCAUAUCUCAGCGAUCUGCGUCGCUGUUUUGUCAACGGCAAGCUUUUUACACACCGGUCUUACUUGAAUCGUUUCUCUUCUUAUAUUCGGUUCGAUUUUAAAUUCUAAUUAAGAUCAAUCGUCCCCAGCUACGGUCCUUUAUCAUAUUUUUCUUUUCGUUCCGCUUUUGGCUUCGUUAAGUUCGAUAGAUUGUUCUGAGAUAAUUGGAUAUUUAGCUUUUUUUCUGUUAGUUUGAGAGAAAAUGAUCUCGAUAAAAAUCCGAGCCUAACUUCUAGUAAACUAUCUUUUGAAUCACCCCUAUAAUUUACUGUUCGAAGUAAUAUUACUACAGUCUCUAUUGAUUACAGGCUAGCGUUUAAUAUUCAGUUACUCGAUUAUUGAUUGAUUUAGUUUAGCUUUUAUUUAGUUCCCUUCGGUGUGUAUUACGAAUAUUUGGCGUUUAGCAUUCAAGUAUCCUUUUAAAUGUACGUAGAGAUUAUAUUUUUUAAUAGUACACGUUUAAUUCUUCCUUUCCUUUUUUUUUUUUUUUUUGUAUUUUUCCCUUUUUCUUUUUUGACUUUAGAACUUGUUCAUCCUUGUUUUUUAUAUCUUCCUUUUUCUCGCUUUUUUCCUCCUUUUCUUUCGUUCCCUAGUAUUUGUCUUCAAGCAUGAACCUUAUCAGCUUGUGGCUUUUUUUGUGAUUUUUUUUUUUUUCUUCUUUCCGUUCCUUCGACUCGGUUAUCGACUACUGAUCGCUUAAAGAAGGAAAACAGAGGAGAUUUUACAAACGGUGAAUCGUUUCGUAGUGAGAGAGUGUGAGAAUUUUUUUGAGUUGCCUAUUGUUGUUUUUCGAAAUGAAGGGAACGAGAGUUACCUAUUCGAGAAUUAAUUCGAAAGUUGACUUUUAACCCUUUGUCGUCCACGUUGCUUCUUACGGCCGUACUACAAACGCCUCUUUGUAAAAAUUCAUUUUAAAUUCAGUUGGCUGUGACGCGUUUUCUUUAGGUUUAUUUAUUUUCUUUUAUAUAUUAUUAUUUUUAAUUUCCUUCUUUCUCCGUCCGUUACAUCGAGAAUACCGCUCGGCGACUCCUCGCAUACGGAAAGUCACGACAGAUUGCAAAAAUUUUAGUCGAACUCUUGAACGCAGUAAAAAUAUGUUGAUUAUUGAUUUUUUCCUAACAAUGAUACAUAUUCGUGAACGUUUUGAGCAUUUAUCUUGCAAGUCAAAUUUCUAACGAAAUAAUUCAGGAAGGUACAUAAAUUCGAUGGUAACUUUAAGACCGUUCGAAAGGAUAUUCGAGCAAUCAUUGAAGUUUCCUCAAAUUAAGAAAUAGCACGACAAUUUUUCGACUCGAUAAUAAUGUCAAUAAUAUCUUUGUAUCCAUAACAUUUCUUCUUUCGAUAGACAUUAUUAUCAAAACUGAAUCGAAUAAAAAUCACAAAUGAAUUCAAUAUUUUUACCCUUUUACAAAAAUAGAAAAAAAUAACAGGUCUAUUUCAACAUCAGUUACUCAAAAAUCCUUCGAAUCAUUCGUAGCACAUUGCAUAAUUACACAACUCGCGUACAAAAGGAUGCGUCAUAUCGAAACUCCAUCGCUAAAUCCCUUAAUCGUUUUACAACGAAUCUCUUAAACAGUCUCGAUCUAUUCUAUACAAAUCCCUCCGACUUCAGUCGCCAAUGCGAAUAAUUUCUCUCUUUCGUGAAAUACUCUCGAUUCUCUCUCUCUCUCACACACACAUUCUUUCUCUCUCUCUCUCUCUCUCUCUUGCGCGCGCGCGCUAAUUAAGCGUCUGCUGGGUUCGACAGGCGCGAUAAAUUACGUGCUAAAGAUAGCUAAAAAUUUGGCACUUGAACAUUGCGUGUCCGCGCUAAUCGUUUAUCCUAAUUCUGAAUAAUACACACUGCCAUGAAGGAAGUCCGCGGCAGUGAAUCGCGAGAAAAGAAACUCCGCCACUCCACGCAUUUCACACCCCAUCAGCAAUAUAAUCGUCGUCGAUCUUUUCACCUCUUCUGUGAUCACGUUGCUUCGAUGGAGGUCGAUUAACUUGUUGCCUUAUAUAUAGACAGCGAAUAUUUAUGCUAAUUCAUUUUACGACUCCAUGUAAAAUAGUUGAACGUGAAAGAAAACUGUUUCGCCUUUUAAAUGUUUUAACAAUUACUUCGUCUUGGACAUGAUGAAUUCUAUACGAAUUUCAAGUCUAAUGGUAAGUUCUUAGUCAGUUUUCUAAUUACAUCUUUGAAAGUAAAAAUUCUUCAAGCUCACGUCAGACUUUUAUCGUCUACUAUUUCACGUGUGAAUAAAUGUUAAGUGGUAAAGCACGAAGUUAAUCGAUUUCAUUUAGCAAGAGGAUAUGGCCACGGGUUGUGCGAUGAUUCUUCGAUGUUUCUUCGUGUUUAAAAUACGUGCGGAAUAACAGAUAUCUUAUGCGCGUUGAGAAUAUCACGUCUCAACCUCGUUCACGGUUCAUAUCAUCGAAGGAAGAAGAAAUCGAGCAGAAAGUAGAGAAGAAAGUAGCGGGACGAUGAACGUCCUUAAUGUUUUUUUCCUUAAACGACGUCGAGCGUGGGAAGGUCCGUGAAAAAUCGGCACAGAUUAUCGUUUCGCUGACAAUGAGUGUAACAAUGGGGACUGACUCGCGAGCAACAAUUUCAAUUUUUCUAGCUUUUACCUCCGCGCCUUUUUCCGCCGAAUUUAUUCCUACCUUUCGCCGUAGUUUUAAUUCAAUCUCUUCAUAAUACGUAUUUAAAGAGAAUAUACGUACGUAUAUGCGUUACAUAUAUAUAUAUAUAUAUAUACAUUCAUACGUAUACACGAAGUUCAGCCGAAAUGGCGAGGUGGGGAACUUUUAGUAAGUUUUGACAAGAAAAAUUUAUUCGUUUGAUAGUAUAAGUUUUGCUCCAAAUCUAAAAUAAUUUUCGAGUUUGAAAUGUAUCGACCGUUUUGCUAUUGAUUGAUCAGAACUUUAGUAAAAACAGUAUCUGUUUUGUGUAUUUUCUUCAAGUUAUAUCCGUACUGUAUUUAUUGCUCAGUUUAUUGCUCAUUACGCGUUUGUCUUAAGCUUACAGAAUAUUUGUAACAGAAAUCAACCUGUCAUUAAAUUAAUAUAACUCCUUUUUGUCAAAAAAAGCAGGUAAACAACUUGAUUUGACCAAUAACGUAAGCAUUGAUUUUGUUAGAAUAAAUAGAAUCAGAAAGAGAAUUGCAAUGGUACACAAGUUUAGAAAUAACGGGACUUUAUAUUUACAGAAGAAAGUACAAGUAUGUAUGAAAAGUUGCUUGUAAGUUACAGUAAAUUGUAAAGAAUAGUUUUUGUAUUUUAAUGCAACGUAACGAAACGUUCUCUUCCUACAAACAAAAAAACUUCUUUCGAUAAAUACUUCGCUUAAUUACAUUCCAAGUUGAAUACAACGUUUGUCCUAGAAAUGAGAAAACCGCAGACUAUACUAUACAUUUUCUCUCCUCGUUUUCAUAAUUAUUACGUCUUCUAUGCGAAUUACAUCAACCUUGUUCUUCGUUUACACUUCAUUUCGGCUGACCUGCUGUAUACUUUAUGCAUAUAAAGAGCGAUCUAGUAAAAUGGGACAAAGGGUCGUCGAUCUUUCGAGUGUUUUCGUGCAACGCGCGAUAAACGUCGGAAAAAAUUUGUUUACUAAUUACAAAGCGUAAUAUACACACUUCUCUUCGCUGAAACAUUCCGUGACGUUUUCUCCAACUUUGCUUGAGCGCUCGUAAUUUCUAAGCGUUUCUACCUACCUUCCAGCGUUUCGAGAUCUACAAUAAUAAAGCGCAUUUCACAAGUUAUGUUACAAGAAAAAUUCUCGCGCUUCGUUCGUGCCUCGUUAACGGCUCGAUAAAGUCUGAUUCUUCGCCUUCUUCUUCCUUUCACGUUUCUUUCUCGUGUUCAACUUUUUAUUUUUCCUUAUUCUCAGUAUCCACUACAAAAACGAAUCACACGACGAACGCGAGUAUCUCUUAAACUUGACAAAUACAAUUUUGAUUCUCCAUCGAUCACAGUACUUUCACAGUUUCGUGCUUGAAGACAAGGAACGCGACGCGAUCGCUACUUUUCCGUGAGAGAAACGUUCCCUACUAAGUUCCCUUAAUUAAAUAUCAAUCAGCCGAUCAAUAAAACCCUGGACUCCGUAUAAUCGUUCAAGGGGAUUUGCGUUUCUUCGAACAGUUAAUCAGAGAAGCGUUCGUUCAGCAAAUAUACAUAUAUCACCAGAGCUUUUUAAGACGAGGAACGACGGGUGAACGUCAAUAGUAGAAAAAAAAAGAAAAUAGAGAAAGGAGAGGAAAGAAUAUGGAAAAGAAAUUCGUCUGGUGUGCUUUUGCGUCUUCAUUUUCCCGUGUGUCUUGUAACUACUUGUUUGGAGACUAACUGCGGAAGACUUUGACGUGCUAUAAGUAUAAUAGACCUUACACGUUAAAAUUACGUCAGGCUACAGUCGUUUUUUAUUUUUUUCUCUUUUUAUCUUGGCUAUAUAAA